AUGCCACCACUUGAUAGCAUUGAAGAGAGCUAUUCAAGCUUCUGUGUAGUCAUGGUGAAGGCUGUUAAUUUUGCUAAAGUCUUCCCUAAAAUUUGUAAAGAGUGGAGUAUAGUCACUAAUUACAGCUUCCAUCCAGGUGGCAGAAUAUGGCUAGCUUGGAUUCCAAGCUUGUUUGUGGUAGAUAUCAGAAGCCAAGGGGAUCAGUUUGUACACUGUGAAGUGCUGCAUAGAGCUUCAGGAAGGUUUUUUUGGUUGACCAUUGUUUAUGGGUUAAAUGAUAGCGUUGAAAGGAAAAGGUUAUGGAGUAAAUUAGGUCAAAUAGGAAGUAAUUUGCAGGGUGCCUGGAUUGUGAUGGGUGAUUAUAAUAAUGUACCGAACCUUGAGGAUAGAAUUGGGUUUGCAGUCAUUUUAGAUGAAGUUGGAGAAUUCAGACAGUGUGUUAGGGACUGUAGGCUAAUGGAGUUUCAGACGUCUGGCCCUUUCUUUACUUGGUCUAACAAGCAGGAAGGUGAACAUAGAGUGUUCUCAAAGAUUGACAGAGUGUCUGUCAAUGAUGUAUGGAUGGACAACUUUGUUAAUUGUUGUGCUGAUUUCCUGCCUGAGGGGAUCUCUGAUCAUAGCCCUUGUGUGAUUAAAUUGGUGAAACAUGUGGUUACAAAACCUAAGUCCUUUAGGUUUUAUAAUAUGUGGAUGGAAGCUCCAGAAUUUAUGACUAUGGUGAAGGAAGUAUGGAGAAGUUCUGUGACAGGUGUAGCAAUGUAUCAGGUUGUGGCUAAGCUUAAAAAAUUGAAACCUGUGCUUAAAACUCUGAACAAGAACAAAUUUUCAGACAUUGAGAAUGAAACUGCUGCAGCCCUAGUGAAACUUAUGGAGGUGCAACUGAAAAUUCAGAAUGAUCCUAGAAACAGUGAGUUACACAGAGAAGAGGAAGACAAUAGAAAGAAGUAUGCAUUCUUAAAUAAGGCUAAAUUAAGCUUCUUGCAGCAAAAGGUGAAGAGUGCUUGGCUUAAGGGAGGGGAUGAUAACACAGCUUAUUUUCAUGCUUGUUUGAGAAAAAGAAGGCUUCAAAAUCAUAUUAGCAGGAUACAAGAUAGUCAAGGUGUGUGGCAGGAAACUCCUGAGAAAAUAGAGGAGGCUUUUGUUGGUUACUACAAGGUGUUGUUAGGUACUGAAGAAGGGAGGAAAAAAGGAGUGAGUAGAACAAUUGUUAAUGAAGGGCCCUUGCUCACUCAUGAACAAAAGAGUAGUUUGUGUAUGCCUUUUUCAGGAGAGGAUGUGAAGGAAGCUUUGUUUGAUAUUGAGGAUAAUAAAGCAGCUGGCCCUAAUGGAUUCUCAAGUGGCUUUUUUAAGAAGACUUGGGAGAUCACUGGUCCAGACAUCAUUAAGGCAGUUUUGGACUUCUUUUCCACAGGAAAACUCCUCAAACAGGUGAAUGCUACAAAUUUAUGCCUCAUCCCUAAGUGUGAGCAAGCUGAUGAUGUCACCAAGUAUAGACCAAUUGCGUGCUGCAAUGUGCUAUACAAAGUUAUUUCUAAAAUGUUGUGUCAGAGAUUGAAAGUAGUUCUCCCAUUUAUAAUUAAUCCUGUGCAAAGUGCUUUUGUGGAGAGUCGAGUUAUAAUGCAUAACAUAUUCCUUUGUCAAGACUUGAUGAAACAGUAUAAGAGGAAGAAUGGUCCAGCAAGAUGUACCAUUAAGGUAGAUCUUAGAAAAGCGUAUGACUCAUUGAAUUGGGACUUCAUAAAAGAUCUAUUGGUGGCGAUGAAUUUCCCAGAACAAUUUGUUCAUUGGGUGAUGGUUUGUAUUACAACUCCAUGCUUUUCAUUGAGUUUCAAUGGAGUAAUGAGUGGUUUUUUUAAAGGAAAGAAAGGUCUACGACAAGGAGACCCAAUUUCUCCAUUAAUAUUUGUAAUAGCAAUGGAGUACUUGUCUAGAUUAUUGAAAAGGAUGAGUAGGAAGGAUGGUUUUGAGUAUCAUAGUAGAUGUGGUCCUCUUCAACUCACUCACUUAGUUUUUGCUGACGAUUUGAUGAUGUUCUGUAAAGGCCAAGUCAGCUCUGUACUGUUAUUGUCUAGGGCUAUGAAAGCCUUUCAAGAUGCUUCUGGAUUGACUGCAAGUAAAGAAAAAACUGCAGUAUACUUUGGACAUGUGACUGAUGAGGUGCAGGAAAGAAUAGUACAAGUAACUGGAUUCCAGAAGGGUUCCUUCCCUUUUAGAUAUCUAGGUAUUCCCAUGACGUCCAAAAGAAUCACAAAGGCUGAUUGUGAUCUACUGACAGAUAGAAUGCUGAAAAGGAUUUUAUGCUGGAGUUCGAGGAGUUUGUCCUAUGCUGCAAGGGUGGUCUUAGUGAAUUCUGUACUACUGAGUUUACACAUAUACUGGGCUCAAAUCUUUUUGAUCCCUAAAGGUGUUAUGGUGCGAAUUACACAGAUAUGCAGAGCAUUCUUGUGGGAAGGAAAGGAAGUACUUCAUAAAACUCCUCCUGUUGCUUGGGUUGAUGUAUGUAAACCUAAGAAAAGUGGAGGUUUGGGUAUAAGAGAUUGCAUUCAGUGGAAUUUAGCAGCAAUGGGGAAGUAUGUGUGGCAAGUUUCUCAGAAGAAAGAUCUCUUGUGGAUAAAAUGGGUUCACAGUGUGUACAUUAAGCAAGAAGAGUGGUGGGAGUAUUCUGCUCCUACAACAGCUAGCUGGGGGUGGAAAGUCAUCUGUAAGGCAAAGGAGAAGUUCAAGCUAGCAUACAACAACAACAAGUGGCUGGAUGGAUCUAGGGAGUAUACCAUUAAAGAUGGUUACAAAUGGUUAAUGGGUGAUAUUCCUAGAUACAGUAAGAAAGUUUGCACUCAGGUCUUGGAUUGGUUAGGGUUGGAUUCUCAUCAACAGGAGAACUUGUAUGUGAGAUGGAAAAAGUGGGGAAGGAAAUAUAAUAGCACAGUUAAGAAGAAGUUUUGUUAUGCUACUCUAGCUGCAACUAUGGUUAUACAUCCUGAUCAGAUUGUUCGAAUUGUGAAGAAGGAAGUUUAUAGCAGAGUUGCUCUACUGCCAAAGGAGAACUGGAAGAAUGCAGAUAAAGAUUGGGUUGCUGCUAGAAGAAAUUUAGUGUAA